UAGCAAUUGAAUUGUGGGAUCACCAAACAGCUAAUAAAUCGUAUUACACGAUGCAUAAAUUAGACAGAGAGACUUAUAAAAUCGAUUUUAAACUCAUUCUAACAAUGUUCGACACCUCGCGGUUUUCUUCAGCUUCCAAAUUAUUAAAUUAAGUGGAGAUUGGCGCGUAAUCUGUGCAGAUAAAAGUGUAACCGCGGCAACGUCGCGUAAACCUCUUCGGUCGUUGGCCGUUGCUGGCGCGCCGAUUCGUGUUCGUUUUGUGGCGGCAAAAAUGAAAUUUUAAAUAAUCAAUACUGGCCGAGCUUGCGUGGACUAUAUUUGGAUGAAGUUCCUCGUAAAAAGGAUUCAAUAACCUAGAGGCAGAGGUUUUUGGCCGUGCAACUACCUGUUGGCGGAUAUAAUAAGUCUGUAGCGUUUUGUGCGAUCGGGAUGAACCACAAGAAAACCCGCUGCAGGUUCGAAGACUUCAAUCGGGACUUCAACGACCUUUACGCCUCUCUCAAAAAAGAGAAUUAUAGCGACGGCGAAAUACGGCGCGUGUUCCACCCCUUGGUGGCAACGACGAGGAAAUCUCGCCGUCUGUACCUGUUAUUGGUCGUAAUUUUUUUGGCAGUCGCGUUUUACUCUCUCACCUUUUGGGAAGCCUUCACUUGGCACCUCUCGGCCGUAUUCAGGAUAGCCCUGAUCAAAUUGCUACCGUACUUCGACUGGAGGUACCUGAAAAAUGAACGAUGCCUCGUACCGAAAUUUGCCGCGUCACACGACCCCAGUGACGUCACGUUCAACUGUUACGUUUGCGAAAACAUUAAGCGCGUGGACGCGUACGAUUCAAUCGACGAAGACGUUCUAAGCCAGAGGUACCUCGAUUUGGACGUGCCAAUCAUUCUGACGAAAGGCAUUGAGCACUGGAUCCGAAAUCCGGACUUCCUUUUCGCAAAGUUGGCGGCGGAAGUCGACUUCGCGCUGUCGUAUCCGUGCAACGUGGCGACGAACGUAUGCGCGCGCAACGUGGAUGUCGCGACAUUGCUUAAAAUGACGGAAUCGUUUGACAGUUUCUUUGUGCAUUUUCGCAACUGCGAAGGCGACGCGGUGAGGACGUUUCGGAAGUAUUCGUACAGGCCGGACGUUUUUCCUGACAUUUAUUCUCCGACUACUUAUAACUGGAUGCUGUGGAGCAAGGAUUACAACGCGACGGCAUUCAAAAAAAUCGAGUUGGCGGAGAAGGUGGCGCUGCUGGGCCAGAUGCACGGCAAGACUCGCGUGAAGCUUUCCCCGAGGAACAACUGCGAGUUCGCGUGUCCAGUCCUGGAUUUCGUGUUGAACGUGGGCGAGUACGUAAUUUUCACCGCCCUCUGGGAUCUGCACUACAGACCGUUCGAGACGGGCUAUAACGUGGCCGCCCUAAUGGAAACUAGAAGUUAGUUUGGUUGCCUAAUU